GACCACACGGUACACGAAGGCGAACUGAUCGGACUCACCCUAGCGGCGCAGCUACUGGCCACGGAAAGAAACAUCGUCUACCCAGCCUCCAUCCUAGUCGACAAUCAAGCAGUGAUCCAGACGGGCGAAGUCAUGAACAAAACGGGGAGUGGUUUCAUAGCGGACAACUUCGAACAGAUGACACGACGAUUAGCAAAACGACACGAAGCGCAAGGCGAUUUCAGACUUACGGUAAGAUGGAUACCAGGACACGUAAACGUCGCAGGGAACGAAUUAGCGGAUCAAGCGGCCAAGGAAGCAGCACAGAGUGAAGACAACAACAGUCCAACGCGCCUCCUCCCCAAGUACCUAUGA